UUUUGAUGACUUUCUGUUUUAGGGCUUAAGGGCUCCGCUGUCGGUGGUGGCGGGGGCCACAGCGGCUCCACAUACAACUACACCUUCCACGGCGACCCCCACGCCAUGUUCGCCGAGUUCUUCGGCGGCCGCAGCCCCUUCGACCACUUCUUCUCACAGAACGGUGGCGACGACACGGUGGACGCCGCCGACCCCUUUGCCGCCUUCGGGAUGGGCGGCUUCCAGCGGCCCUUCAAGUCGCACCUGGGUGGCCCCCACGUCACCCGCGAAAGGCAGAAGGACCCGCCGGUGGUGCACGAGCUGAAAGUGAGCCUGGAGGAGGUCUUCGCCGGCUGCACCAAGAAGAUGAAGAUCUCCCGGAAGAGGCUGAACCCCGACGGGCGAACCACGCGUAGUGAGGACAAGAUUUUGUCGGUGGACAUCAAGCGCGGCUGGAAAGAGGGAACCAAGAUCACCUUCCCCCGCGAGGGCGACGAGACCCCCACUAACAUUCCCGCCGACGUGGUGUUUGUCGUGAAAGACAAACCUCACCCCGUGUUCAGGAGGGAGGGCUCCGAUAUUAUUUACCCUGCCAAAAUA